CGAGCCACCAGCAGGGAGCUCCCUUUCGGCUCUGCUCGCGCGGCUGCGGGGGGCGGCGCUGCGCAGCGCGGCGCUGCGCUCCUGCCCGGACCGGGCCGGGGCCGCUGGAUGCCGCGUCUCGGCUUCUGCUGCCUGCCGGGCGGGCUCCGGUGGCGGCAACAAAGUGGGAUACAAAGAUCCUGUGCUAAGCACUCAUAAUCUUUGGGGGUGCCACUCCUAAAAACAGCACCUCACCAUGUUUAACCUAAUGAAGAAAGACAAGGACAAAGAUGGCGGACGGAAGGAGAAGAAGGAUAAAAAAGACAAGAAGGAACGGAUGUCAGCUGCAGAGCUACGGAGCCUGGAGGAGAUAAGCAUGCGACGAGGCUUCUUCAACCUGAACCGCUCCUCUAAGCGAGAAUCCAAGACGCGCCUGGAAAUCUCCAACCCCAUCCCCAUCAAGGUGGCCAGCGGCUCUGACCUGCACCUCACCGACAUCGACUCUGACAGCAACAGGGGCAGCAUCAUCCUAGAUUCAGGCCACCUAAGUACAGCCAGCUCCAGCGAUGACCUCAAGGGUGAGGAGGGCAGCUUCCGUGGCUCUGUGCUACAGCGGGCAGCCAAGUUUGGUUCCCUGGCCAAGCAGAAUUCACAGAUGAUUGUCAAACGCUUCUCCUUCUCCCAGCGCAGCCGUGAUGAGAGUGCCUCAGAAACCUCUACCCCCUCAGAGCACUCGGCUGCCGCAUCCCCACAGGUAGAAGUGAGGACUCUGGAGGGACAGCUGAUGCAGCAUCCUGGCAUCCCUCGACCAGGACCCCGAUCCCGGGUCCCAGAGCUGGUGACUAAAAGGUUCCCCGCUGACCUGCGCCUGCCCCCCGUACUCUCCCCACCAGCCCCUGCCCUCCGGCAGUUGGAACUACAGCGUCGACCCACUGGAGACUUUGGCUUCUCCUUGCGCCGCACAACCAUGCUGGAUCGGGGACCCGAGGGUCAGGUCUGUCGGAAAGUGGUCCACUUUGCAGAGCCCGGCGCAGGCACCAAAGACCUGGCCCUGGGGCUGGUGCCAGGUGAUCGGCUGGUGGAGAUUAAUGGGCACAACGUGGAGAGUAAGUCCAGAGAUGAGAUUGUGGAGAUGAUCCGGCAGUCCGGGGACUGCGUGCGGCUCAAGGUGCAACCCAUUCCCGAGCUAAGCGAGCUGAGUCGGAGCUGGCUGCGGAGUAGCAAGGGGACCCACAGGGAGCCAGCCGAUCUGGACCCUGAGGCCGCUUCUCCUGUCCACAGCCAGGUAGGGUGCUCCUAUCCCCCUCAGGAGCCCACCGCUUCCUCCAGUGAUCACCCACCACCCCUGGCCUGUACCUGGGCUGGCGUCUGUGCUCGGGCCUCUUGCUGGAGUGUGAAGACAGAAGAGCAGAUCGCUGCUGAGGAGGCCUGGUAUGAGACAGAGAAGGUGUGGCUGGUCCAUAAAGAUGGCUUCUCACUGGCCAGUCAGCUCAGAUCUGAAGAGCUGAGCUUGCCUGAGGGGAAAGUGCGUGUGAAGCUAGACCACGAUGGAACUGUCUUGGAUGUGGAUGAGGAUGAUGUAGAGAAGGCUAAUGCUCCUUCCUGUGAUCGUCUAGAAGAUCUGGCCUCGCUGGUAUACCUCAGUGAGUCCAGUGUCCUGCACACACUACGCCAGCGUUAUGGUGCCAGCCUGCUGCACACGUAUGCUGGCCCUAGCCUGCUGGUCCUCAGCCCCCGUGGGGCCCCUGCCGUGUACUCUGAGAAGGUGAUGCAUAUGUUCAAGGGCUGCAGGCGGGAGGAUAUGGCCCCGCACAUCUAUGCUGUGGCCCAGAGUGCAUACAGGGCAAUGCUCAUGAGCCGCCAGGACCAGUCCAUCGUCCUCCUGGGCAGCAGUGGCAGUGGCAAGACCACCAGCUGCCAGCAUCUGGUGCAAUACCUGGCCACCAUCGCAGGCACCAGUGGGAACAAGGUGUUUUCUGUGGAGAAGUGGCAGGCCCUGUACACCCUCCUGGAAGCCUUCGGGAACAGCCCCACCAUCAUGAAUGGCAAUGCCACCCGCUUCUCCCAGAUCCUCUCCCUGGACUUUGACCAGGCUGGCCAGGUGGCUUCAGCCUCCAUUCAGACUAUGCUGCUAGAGAAGCUGCGUGUGGUUCGACGCCCAGCCAGUGAGGCCACGUUCAAUGUCUUCUACUACCUGCUGGCCUGUGGGGAUGGCACCCUCAGGACAGAGCUCCAUCUGAACCACUUGGCGGAGAACAAUGUGUUUGGAAUUGUGCCACUGGCCAAGCCUGAGGAGAAGCAGAAGGCUGCCCAGCAGUUCAGUAAACUGCAGGCAGCCAUGAAGGUGCUGGGCAUUUCACCUGACGAGCAGAAAGCCUGCUGGCUCAUCCUGGCUGCCACCUAUCACCUGGGGGCUGCCGGUGCCACCAAAGCUGGACGCAAGCAGUUUGCCCGUCAUGAGUGGGCCCAGAAGGCGGCGUACCUGUUGGGAUGCAGCCUGGAGGAGCUCUCCUCAGCCAUCUUCAAGCAUCAGCACAAGGGUGGUACCCUGCAGCGCUCAACCUCCUUCCGCCAGGGUCCUGAGGAGAGCAGCCUAGGAGAUGGCACAGGCCCCAAACUGAGCGCACUGGAAUGUCUAGAGGGCAUGGCAUCGGGCCUCUACAGCGAGCUCUUCACCCUUCUCAUCUCCCUGAUAAACAGGGCUCUCAAGUCCAACCAACACUCGCUCUGCUCUAUGAUGAUUGUGGACACCCCAGGCUUCCAGAACCCUGAACAGGGCGGGUCGGCCCGAGGGGCGUCCUUCGAGGAGCUGUGUCAUAACUACGCUCAGGACCGGCUGCAGAGGCUCUUCCACGAACGCACCUUUGUGCAGGAGUUGGAAAGAUACAAGGAGGAGAACAUCGAGUUGGCGUUUGAUGACUUGGAGCCGGCCAUGGACAACUCUGUAGCUGUGGUGGACCAAGCCUCCCAUCAGUCACUGGUCCGCUCGCUGGCUCGCACGGAUGAGGCAAGAGGCCUGUUGUGGCUAUUGGAAGAGGAGACUCUGGUGCCAGGAGCUACCGAGGAUUCCCUGCUGGAACGCCUUUUCUCCUACUAUGGUCCUCAGGAAGGUGAUAAAAAGGGCCAAAGCCCCCUCCUGCGUAGCAGCAAACCACACCACUUCCUCCUGGGCCAUAGCCACAACACCAACUGGGUGGAGUACAACAUGGCUGGCUGGCUGAGCUACACCAAGCAGAACCCAGCCACCCAGAAUGCUCCCCGACUCCUGCAAGACUCCCAGAAAAAAAUCAUCAGUAACCUGUUUCUGGGCCGGGCAGGCAGCACCACGGUGCUGUCAGGCUCCAUUGCGGGCCUGGAGGGCGGCUCCCAGCUGGCAUUGCGCCGGGCCACCAGCAUGAGGAAGACCUUCACCACGGGCAUGGCAGCUGUCAAGAAGAAAUCACUGUGCAUCCAGAUUAAGCUGCAGGUGGACGCCCUCAUUGACACCAUCAAGAAGUCGAAGCUGCAUUUCGUGCACUGCUUCCUGCCUGUGGCCGAGGGCUGGGGUGGGGAGCCCCGUUCUGCCUCCUCCCGCAGAGUGAGCAGUAGCAGCGAGCUGGACCUGCCCCCUGGAGACCACUGCGAGGCUGGGCUUCUGCAGCUCGACGUGCCCCUGCUCCGUGCCCAGCUCCGAGGCUCCCGACUGCUGGAUGCCAUGCGCAUGUACCGCCAAGGGUACCCUGACCACAUGGUGUUUUCUGAGUUCCGGCGCCGCUUUGAUGUCCUGGCCCCACACCUGACCAAGAAACAUGGGCGCAACUACAUUGUAGUAGAUGAAAGACGGGCGGUGGAGGAGCUGCUGGAAUCUUUGGACCUGGAGAAGAGCAGCUGCUGCAUGGGCCUCAGCCGGGUUUUCUUCCGGGCAGGCACACUGGUGCGGCUGGAAGAGCAGCGGGAUGAACAGACCAGCAGGAACCUAACCCUCUUCCAGGCAGCCUGCAAGGGUUACCUGGCCCGCCAGCACUUCAAGAAGAGAAAGAUCCAGGACCUGGCCAUCCGCUGUGUACAGAAGAACAUUAAGAAGAACAAAGGGGUGAAGGAUUGGCCCUGGUGGAAGCUCUUCACCACCGUGCGGCCCCUCAUCGAGGUACAGCUGUCAGAGGAGCAAAUCCGGAACAAAGACGAGGAGAUCCAGCAAUUGCGGAGCAAACUUGAGAAGGUGGAGAAAGAACGGAAUGAGCUGCGGCUCCACAGUGACCGGCUGGAGACCCGAAUCUCGGAGCUGACAUCGGAGCUGACGGAUGAACGUAACACGGGAGAGUCCGCCUCCCAGCUGCUGGACGCCGAGACUGCCGAGAGGCUCCGAGCUGAGAAGGAGAUGAAGGAGCUGCAGACCCAGUAUGAUGCAAUGAAGAAGCAGAUGGAGGUUAUGGAGAUGGAAGUGAUGGAGGCCCGGCUCAUUCGGGCAGCUGAGAUCAAUGGAGAAGUGGACGACGAUGACACAGGUGGUGAGUGGCGUCUGAAGUAUGAGCGGGCUGUGCGGGAAGUGGACUUCACCAAGAAGCGGCUCCAGCAGGAGUUUGAGGAUAAGCUGGAGGUGGAGCAGCAGAACAAGAGGCAGCUGGAAAGGCGGUUGGGGGAUCUGCAGGCUGACAGUGAGGAGAGCCAGCGGGCUCUUCAGCAGCUCAAGAAGAAGUGCCAGCGCCUGACCGCUGAGCUGCAGGACACCAAGCUGCACCUGGAAGGCCAGCAGGUCCGAAACCAUGAGCUGGAGAAGAAGCAGAGGAGGUUUGACAGCGAGCUCUCUCAGGCACAUGAGGAGACCCAGAGGGAGAAGCUUCAGCGCGAGAAGCUACAGAGGGAGAAGGACAUGCUCCUUGCAGAGGCUUUCAGCCUGAAGCAGCAACUGGAGGAAAAAGACAUGGAUAUUGCAGGAUUCACUCAGAAGGUUGUCUCACUGGAGGCUGAACUCCAGGACAUUUCUUCCCAAGAAUCCAAAGAUGAGGCGUCUCUGGCCAAGGUCAAGAAGCAGCUCCGGGACCUGGAGGCGAAGGUCAAGGAUCAGGAAGAAGAGUUAGAUGAGCAGGCUGGGACCAUCCAGAUGCUGGAGCAGGCCAAGCUAAGACUCGAGAUGGAGAUGGAGCGGAUGAGACAGACCCACUCCAAGGAGAUGGAGAGCCGGGAUGAGGAGGUAGAGGAGGUCCGACAGUCCUGUCAGAAGAAGUUAAAGCAGAUGGAAGUACAGCUUGAGGAAGAGUAUGAGGACAAGCAGAAGGUGCUGCGAGAGAAGCGAGAGCUGGAGGGCAAGUUCACCACACUCAGCGACCAGGUGAACCAGCGGGACUUUGAGUCAGAGAAGCGACUCCGGAAAGAUCUGAAGCGCACCAAGGCCCUGCUGGCGGACGCCCAGAUCAUGCUGGACCACCUGAAGAACAGUGCGCCCAGCAAGAGGGAGAUCGCGCAGCUGAAGAACCAGCUGGAGGAGUCAGAAUUCACCUGUGCAGCAGCUGUAAAAGCGCGGAAAGCGAUGGAGGUGGAGAUCGAAGACCUGCACCUGCAGAUCGAUGACAUUGCCAAAGCCAAGACAGCGCUGGAGGAGCAGCUGAGCCGCCUUCAGCGUGAAAAGAAUGAGGUUCAGAACCGGCUUGAAGAGGACCAGGAGGACAUGAACGAGCUGAUGAAGAAGCACAAGGCGGCCGUGGCUCAGGCUACUCGAGACCUGGCUCAGAUGACUGAUCUCCAAGCUCAGCUAGAAGAGGCCAACAAGGAGAAGCAAGAGUUACAGGAGAAGCUGCAAGCCCUACAGAGCCAGGUGGAGUUUCUGGAGCAGUCCAUGGUGGACAAGUCCCUCGUGAGCCGGCAGGAAGCUAAGAUUCGGGAGCUGGAGACACGCCUGGAGUUCGAAAGAACCCAAGUGAAGCGGCUAGAGAGCCUGGCCAGCCGGCUCAAAGAGAACAUGGAGAAGCUGACUGAAGAGCGGGAUCAGCGUGCUGCAGCUGAGAACCGAGAGAAGGAGCAAAACAAGAGGCUGCAGCGGCAGCUCCGGGACACCAAGGAGGAGAUGGGCGAGCUUUCCCGGAAGGAGGCCGAGGCCAGCCGCAAGAAGCAUGAACUGGAGAUGGAUCUGGAGAGCCUGGAGGCUGCAAACCAGAGCCUGCAGGCAGAUCUGAAACUGGCCUUCAAGCGCAUCGGGGACCUGCAGGCUGCCAUUGAGGAUGAGAUGGAGAGUGAUGAAAACGAGGAUCUUAUCAACAGCUUGCAGGACAUGGUGACAAAGUAUCAGAAAAGAAAGAAUAAACUUGAGGGAGACUCAGAUGUGGACUCUGAACUGGAGGACCGGGUCGACGGAGUCAAAUCGUGGUUAUCAAAAAACAAGGGGCCAUCCAAGGCAGCUUCUGAUGAUGGCAGCUUGAAGAGUUCCAGAACAGCCCUCAACAACCUCGGGAAGGAGGGCAAGGGGGUAGAGGAGAGGCCAGCCUCCUCACUGAGCUCCCUGAGCUAUCGGAAGAGGCUCACCCUGAAGGAUUCCAUUGGGGGCACUGGGGAUGAGGAUUCGCUCUUCACCACCCUGAGUGAGCGGGCAGCCUCCCCAGAGAGGCCUCCCCGGAAGGCCCGCACAGGUCCCAGGGAGGAGGCAGGCCAGUCCAGGAACUCUCAGGAGCUGGAUGAAUGUAGCUCCAUCUUUUCCGGGGUUGGAAGCCAUGCUAGCCGGGGGCUAGAGAAGAGGUGGGGUUCAGACUUUGACCGAGCCUCGACAGUCUCUGCUCCUGUCAGCCGAGCCUCCUCAGCCACACGCCAUGGCUCUGGAGAGGAUGGGGCCCGCUCCUCCAUGAGUUUCUCACUGUCGGGCUCACCCAGUUUCCGGCGCAGCACCUCCCGUCUUGACAGCCUGCCAAGCACUCUCAGUCCCUCCUUGAAGAGGGCCUCAGACCUUGGCCGGGAGACGCCAGAUUCCCGCCUGUCCCUGGGCCGGAGCUGCCUGGAUGUGUGGGAUGAUGGUGCCAGCGUGGCCUUGAGUGAGGUCCACUCACAGUACAGCCAGCCAUCACUGGCCCGCAGUCUGUCAGUGCCGCCCCAGCCGCAUGUCUCCGCCUCUGCCACGGAUGAGCCUUGCAGCUCUAGCAUCCGCUCCACUACCCGUCACUCCUACCUUGACCCAGAUCUGGAGGCGGCCAUCAAUGAGGUCUUGAGCUACAAACCAGCUCCAUUCCAACGGAGCAGCCUGGAACCUGACUCUGAGGAGGAUGACCGGAAGAGCAUCCAAAGUACCCGGAGUGCACAACUAGAUGCCCCAGAGCGAGUCACCAGCAUCCGCCGUUCAGCCUCAGCUGCUGAUGUCUCUCGGUCCCGGAGCAGCCGGAAGAGCCGGAGCAAGAGAAGAAGCAGCUCCAGCUCCAGCUCCAGCUCCAGCUCUGAAGAUUCCUCACAGCACAGGCAACGGAAGAAACGGCACUCUCGAAAGAGCAAGAAGAAGUCCAAAUCACGAAGAAAGAGAACAGAGACGGAGUCUGAAUCCUCCUCAUCAACAUCUAGCGCCUCCACUGUCUCUGGUCAUAGUCGCUCAAGUGUGAAGAAAGGCCCGACUACUGUAAAUGAGGAGGCUGGGCCAGCAAGUCGGCAGUCGCGGAAGGAGGAGAAGAAACGCAAGAAAGAAGUGGACAGCCUGAUGAUGCGGUACCUGUACCGGCCCGAGAGCGACUAGUGCACCCCACCAGCUGCUGGAAGUCCCCUGCCCCUGACCAGUCAGAUGAUGAGCACGACCUUCCUGACAACACCUCCAGGCCCCAAUACUCCCACAAUUAUCUGAGUGACAGUGACACAGAAGCCAAGUCAACAGAGGCCAACG